CGCGUGCGCGGACCCCCUAAAGGCGAGGGCGCGGUGGCGGGCCCACGGAGCGCCGCGGGGCAGGGCCCGGUAUUUGCAAGGGAGAGAAAAGCCCGACAGAACCCGGUGCCUGCAUGCCAUGGUGUUGGGCACUCUCGUCCACCCUUGUGCCUGCGGUGACGUGACACGCCAUUGUGACAUCAUCCCUUCCCUUGUGAUGUAACCCAGGGGCGAGACUCUCGGGGAGUGUUAGGCUGUGGGGCCUCCCGAGGUCUCGUGGCCUCCCACCCCCUUUCCACCCGUAGAAUGGCCUCACCCCUUCGGGGAAAGACCGCUUCGCCCCUGGUGGAAACCACCCGCUACAAGGAGACAUCGACAGUCCGCUUGGAGACCUCGUCCCACCGCGUGGAAACCUCCUCCCGGCGGGUGCACACGUCUUCCCGGCAGGUGGAGACCUCCCAGGUCCCCUCUGGGAAGCGGCUUCCUCGCAUCCUCGAGGUGUCCUCCCAGCACGUGGAAACCUCCUCGCAGCGCACAGAAACGUCCUCCCGUCACGUCAGGGCCUCGUCCUUGCGCGUGGAGACGUCUCUGCACCGCGUGGAGAGCCCUCCCCGGAGGGACAAGACGGCAGCCAGCCAGAAUGUAAAAAUGUCCCGAUGAAACACUUCCCAAAGGCCA